CCUAGAACAUAGAUACAGAGACACUUGUGAACAAGAAGGUGAUCUCUCAGCACAACGGAAAAUAUCUCAAUGACUUGACAUGUUCUGGUUGUGAAUUCAGGCUACAAGGGGACAGUUCUCUAAAAUGAGUCUCUCUGGGGAGAGAGAGGAGGGGGGCCCUGCCUCUAAAACGAGACUCUCUGGGGAACAUGACACCAAAGCUAAGAGACCAAUCAAGCAGGAGAGACCAGCCUCCUCUGUACCCAGCUGUGUGUCCAUGAAGAGUGACCGGUCUAUGGAUGCUCUUAUAUACUUUAGAGAGGGAGACUUUUCUACUGAACAAAGAAACCAACAGGAGAGAUCAGAGUCAGAGAUUCUCAGUGGUCAGUCUUCCCAAAGUCAUGAAACAGACCUGGCCUCCAUAUUCAGUUUGCUUGAAGAGAAAAUUAUGACAUUUGUGAAGAACGAGCUGAAGCUGUUCAAGAGGAAUCUUUGUCCAGAACUCCCAGAAGGCUUUGAGAGUCAGAAGCAGGAUAAGGAAGUGGUGGAUGCUGAAGAUGAGAAGCAGGAGAGCAGUGCCAGAGAGGGGGCUCUGAAGAUCACACUGCACAUCCUGAGGAAAAUGAACCAGAAGGAGCUUGCUGACACACUGGAGAAAAAUGAGCUUGCUGUGAUUUGCCAACGUGAACUCAAAUCUAAUCUAAAGAAGAAGUUUCAAUGUGUAUUUGAGGGGAUCGCUAAACAAGGAAACCCAACACUUCUCAAUAACAUCUACACAGAGCUCUACAUCACAGAGGGUGGAACAGGAGAGGUCAAUAAUGAACACGAGCUGAGACAGAUUGAGACAACAACCAGGAAACAAGCAAGACCAGAGACUGCAAUCAAAUGUAACGACAUCUUCAAACCCUUAACUGGACAAGACAAACCUAUCAGAACUGUGCUGACAAAGGGAGUCGCUGGCAUUGGAAAAACAGUCUCUGUGCAGAAGUUCAUUCUGGACUGGGCUGAAGGAAAAGCAAAUCAUGAUGUCCAAUUUGUAUUUUCAUUCCCUUUUCGGGAGCUGAAUUUGAUGAAAGAGGACAAACACACUUUCAUUGAACUUCUCAAUCACUUCUCAAUUGAAACUAAAGAUUCAAGAAUCUCCAACUACAACAAGUACAAAGUUCUGUUCAUCUUUGAUGGUCUGGAUGAGUGCCGACUGCCCCUAGACUUCCAGAAGAACAAGAUCUGUUGUGACGUCACAGAGUCAACCUCAGUGGAUGUUCUGCUGACAAAUCUCAUCAAGGGAAAUCUGCUUCCCUCUGCUCUCCUCUGGAUAACUACCCGACCUGCAGCAGCCAAUAAGAUCCCUUCAGGGUGUGUUGACCAGGUGACAGAGGUACGAGGGUUCAGUGACCCACAGAAGGAGGAGUACUUCAGGAAGAGAUUCAGUGAUGAGGACCUGGCCAACAGAAUCAUCUCACACAUAAAGACAUCAAGGAGCCUCCACAUCAUGUGCCACAUUCCAGUCUUCUGUUGGAUUUCUGCAACAGUCCUUGAAGACAUACUUAAACAUAAGAGAGAAGAGAUACCCAAGACUCUGACUGAGAUGUACACACACCUUGUGGUGUUUCAUACAAAACAGAAGAAUGAAAAGUAUCUUGGGAAAGAAGAGACAGGUCCACACUGGAAUAAAGAGAGCCUUCUGUCACUUGGAAAACUGGCUUUUCAACAGCUUGUGAAUGGCAAUCUGAUUUUCUAUGAAGGAGACCUGAAAGAGGCUGGCAUUGAUGUCAAUGAAGCCUCAGUGUACUCAGGAUUGUGCACACAGCUCUUUAAAGAGGAAUGUGGGCUGUACCAGGACAAGGUGUACUGCUUCGUGCAUCUGAGCAUUCAGGAGUUUCUGGCUGCUGUAUAUGUGUUUCUCUCAUUCAUCAACAACAAUGAGAAUCUAAUGGACAAACUGAAAACAACAUCCUGGAAACCUUCUGUGAGGAAAAGACAGAAGCCUAAAUUUACUGUCUACAAGAGUGCUGUGGAUAAAGCCUUACAAAGUGAGACAGGCAACCUGGACCUUUUCCUCCGCUUCCUUCUGGGUCUCUCACUGGAGUCCAAUCAGAAGCACUUACGAGGUCUACUGACAAGGACAAGAAGCAGCUCACAGAGCCAUGAAGAAACAGUCAACUACAUCAAGGAGAAGAUCAGGGAGAAUCUCUCUCCAGAGAGGAGCAUCAAUCUGUUCCACUGUCUGAAUGAACUGAAUGACCAUUCUCUAGUGGAGGAGAUCCAAAGCUACCUGAGAUCAGGAAGUCUCUCAGAAGCCAAACUGUCACCUGCACAGUGGUCAGCUCUGGUCUUUGUGUUGCUGACUUCAGAAAAGGAGCUGGAUGUGCUUGACCUGAAGAAAUACUCCAGAUCAGAGGAAGGUCUUCUGAGGCUGCUGCCAGUGGUCAAAGCCUCCAGAGCUGUUCUGCUGUCAGGCUGUGGAGUCACAGAGGAAGGCUGUGCUUCUCUGGUCUCAGCUCUGGAGUCAAACCCCUCACACCUGAGAGAGCUGGAUCUGAGUAACAAUGACCUGAAGGAUUCAGGAGUGAAGCUGCUCUCUGCUGGACUGGGGAAUCCCCACUGUAAACUGGAGACUCUGAGGCUGUCAGGCUGUCUAGUCACAGAGGAAGGCUGUGCUUCUCUGGUCUCAGCUCUGAGGUCAAACCCCUCACACCUGAGAGAGCUGGACCUGAGCUACAAUCACCCAGGAGACUCAGGAGUCAGACUGCUCUCUGCUGGACUGGAGGAUCCACACUGCAGACUGGAGAAACUCAAUGUGGAACAUGGUGGAGAGAACAGAAUGAAACCUGGGCUUAGAAAAUAUGUCUGUGAUCUCACACUGGACCAAAACACAGUAGACAGACACCUCUCUCUGUCUGAGGAGAACAGAAAGGUGACAUGGAGGACAGAGGAGCAGCCGUAUCCUGAUCACCCAGAGAGAUUUGAUGGCUGUGGACAGGUGCUGUGUAGAGAGGGUCUGACUGGGCGCUGUUACUGGGAGGUAGAGUGGAGUGGAAGAGGGGCGAGAAUAGGAGUGACAUAUAAAGGAAUCAGCAGGAGAGGAGGGGUUAAGGACUGUUGGCUUGGAUGGAAUGACAAGUCCUGGUGUCUGUUCUGCUCUGACAACAGUUACAGAGUCUGGCACAAUAAUAAUCUCACUACUAUAGACGUUCCCUCCUCCAGCUCCCACAGAGUAGGAGUGUAUCUGGACUGGCCAGCCGGCACUCUGUCCUUCUACAGAGCCUCCUCUGACACACUGACCCACCUGAUCACAUUCACCUCCACAUUCACUGAGCCACUCUAUCCAGGGUUUAGGGUUUAUGAUGAUUCCUUUGGGAUUUGGGACUCCUCAGUGUCCCUGUGCCAGUGAUGCACACACACACACUGACACACUCACACACAGACACACACACACUGGACGGACACACACACUGGACACACACACACACUGGACACAGACACACACACACACACUUUGGAUACAAACACACACACACACACACACACACACACACACACACACACACACACACACACACACACACACACACACACACACACACACACACACACACACACACACAGACACACUUUGGACACAAACACACACACACACACACACACAUUGGACACAUGCACACACAAACACACACUGGAUACACACAUUGGACACACACACAUAUUGGGGAUACACACGCUCUAGUGCACACAUACACACACACACACACACACACACACACACACACACACACACACACACACACACACACACACACACACACACACACACACACACACACACUGACACACACUGACACUCACACACACACAUAGUGGACACACAUACACUGUACACACACUCAGACUGGACACACACACACACACACACACACACACACAUAUAGGCGUUUUCAAAAAACAUAUGCCGUUCAGGGCACCAGUCUAGGACCAGUGGUUGCUAGGCAGUUUCUGGAUCCCAGGUUCUAGAACAGUUUCUAUCCCAGUUCUAUCUGCCUGUUAAAUCAGUUUCUGGACCACAGGUUCUAGAACAGCAUCUAUCCCAGUUCUAUCUGCCUGUUAAAUCAGUUUCUGGACCACAGAUUCUAGAACAGCAUCUAUCCCAGUUCUAUCUGCCUGUUAAUUCAGUUUCUGGACCACAGGUUCUAGAACAUCUUCUAUCCCAGUUCUAUCUGCUUGUUAAAUCAGUUUCUAGACCACAGGUUCUAGAACAGCUUCUAUCCCAGUUCUAUCUGCCUGUUAAAUCAGUUUCUAGACCACAGGUUCUAGAACAGCUUCUAUCCUAGUUCUAUCUGCCUGCUAAAUCAGUUUCUAGACCACAGGUUCUAGAACAGCUUCUAUCCCAGUUCUAUCUGCCUGUUAAAUCAGUUUCUGGACCACAGGUUCUAGAACAGCUUCUAGCCCAGUUCUAUCUGCCUGUUAUAUCAUCAACCUAAACUGUUUUCAUCAGACUAUUAGAACAUGACUGAACCUUUUGUUUCCUUUUCUGAUCUUUUACCACUUUGCAUUUUUAUGAUAAUUUUACUGUUUGUGUUUGUACCACAGGAGGUUGGUGGGACCUUAAUUGAGGAGGACAGGCUUGUAAUGGCUGGAGGGGAAUAAGUGGAAUGGUAUCAAACACUUGGUUUCCAUGUGUUCCAUUUCAUUCACUCUGUUCCAGACAUUAUUAUGAGCCAUCCUCCCUUCACCAGCCUCCUCUGGUAUGUACUGUCCUAUAUGUGAGAGAGAUCCAACAAGGAAUUACAAUGUAUGUAUUGCUUUUUAUACCUGCAAAUGGCAAAUAAACUACUAGAACUCCUUAUGAAUGUCUGCAGCUGACUAGACUGUUGGCGUCUGACAAGAGGUGAAAAUAUUACAGGAAUAUUCUGCAAAUGUUGAUGAAGACGUCACUCAAUCCCCCAAAACAUCAUGCAGUCUUUCCACAAGACUCCCAUGAAGUUAUAGUGUGACGUUAUGAGUUGACGUUAAAGUAACAUUCUCAGAACAUACUGCACUUAUUUUUAUACUGUUUUAGAUGGAUACUCUGUUUAUCAUCUUGUUUUAUACUGUUUUAGAUGGAUCCUCUGUUUAUCAUCUUGUUUUAUACUGUUUUAGAUGGAUCCUCUGUUUAUUAUCUUGUUUUAUACUGUUUUAGAUGGAUCCUCUGUUUAAACAUGUAAACUCUUACAAUAACACUGUUAAAAUACCAAUGUGAUCAUUUGUUGUCUUUUAUGUUGAACAACAAAUUGUACAAUUAUAUAUGGCUUACGCGUUAUCGAUUCUUCAUUGCUUCUGCCAGUCACAGGUUGAUGUUUGUCAUGAAUCUUGACCUGGAAGUAGAACUGCGAGAUUUCCUCUAGAUAUGCCAGCUGCAAAGUCAAAAUUGGCCUCUUUGCUGAACUACCUCCAGGGCAAGAUUCAUGACAAUAAAUGCCAACCUGCCUCCCAGUCAUCCCCUCCUUAUCUUUACAAGGCUGCAGAACAUGCAAGCUAGUGAUGUGGGGGUUCUCUCAUAACCCUCAGUCCCCAGGUGGGUAGAUGGCAGGUUGUAUAAAGAGAAGCUAGUGAUGUGGGGUUCUCUCAUAACCCUCAGUCCCCAGGUGGGUGGUAGGUUGUUAAGGGAAUUUUUUUGAUCAAUAAUGAAUAAUUAUGUAUAGAUUUCAAUCAGGACUGACUAAUCAGAAUACUAUUAUGUUACUGUAUAUGUAUGAAUUUUCAUUUUAAUCCUAGUACUGAAUAUAAUGUGUGUAAAUAUAAUCAAGAAUUAGAACAAUGACUGUCUGUUCCUUGGUAGAAAUGAUUGAACUUAUAGCCAGACUGGCUAGAAGGCUUAUCUACACAGGCAGACCUUGGCUUGGAUCAUAAAUUAUCUAAGUCUUGAGAACCAUAUAGCCAUUGUACUGGAGCAGAGAUGAGACUGGGUAGUACGCAAACUAAUGACAUCAUUUUCAGUUUAUAACCUGUGGUAAAAUGGGUAAUGGGCUCUCGUGAAUAAACACUGCUGAUUGACUUUAA